AAGGCGCAAUCCAAUUGUGUGAAUAGAUACUUCAAAAAAUGAUUCCCUUUUAGGAUUAUUUAUUUUCAUCUAUCAUUUCAUCGCUAUAUAAACCCUUAUAAAACCAAUGCUCUUUAGGCCUACAACCCAAAAACAACCAAAACCUAAUGAAAAAAUCUUCUCAAUCAUCAACCAUGUCUUGUUCUUGUCUUCUUUUGCUUUUUCAUUUUCUCCUCCUUUUAAAAUUCAGUUCCUUAUCCCUUGGAGCCUCAGAUUCAGUCUAUGACUCGUUUGUCAAUUGCUUAACAACGAAAUCAAUUCCCCAAUCAGAAAUCUCCAAAAUCGUCUAUUCCCCAAACAAUGCCUCCUUUAACCCCAUUUUACAAGCCUAUGUCAGAAACCGCCGGUUUUUUAAUUCCUCCACAACUUCCAAACCGGUUAUCAUCGUUACCCCUACUGAAGAAUCCCAUGUUUCCAGCGCUGUUCUUUGCACCAAAGAGACUAAUUUACAGUUAAAAAUCCGUAGUGGUGGACAUGAUUAUGAGGGAAUUUCGUAUAUUUCUGAUGUCCCUUUUAUUAUGCUUGAUAUGUUCAAUCUACGCUCAAUUUCCAUAAAUGUUAAUGAUAAUACUGCUUGGGUUCAAGCUGGUGCUACAUUAGGGGAACUUUACUAUAACAUUUGGACAAAAAGUAACGUUCUUGGUUUUCCUGCGGGUGUUUGUCCUACUGUUGGUGUUGGUGGGCAUCUUAGUGGUGGUGGUUAUGGGAAUAUGCUGAGGAAAUUUGGUCUAAGUGUAGAUAAUGUAUUGGAUGCUCGACUGGUGGAUGUUAAUGGUAGAAUUUGGGACAGGAAAGCUAUGGGCGAAGAUCUUUUUUGGGCAAUUAAAGGAGGUGGGGGUGCUAGUUUUGGUGUCAUUUUAGCCUUUCAAAUUCAACUCGUUCAAGUCCCACAAACUGUGACUUAUUUCAGAGUUGAAAGGUUUUUAGACCAAAAUGCUACCGACGCUGUUCUCCAAUGGCAGAAUGUUGUUAACAAAAUUGACAAUGAUCUUUUCAUCAGACUGCUUGUGCAACCCAUCACUGUGAAAAACAAAGAGAAGAAAGUGAAGGGGAAGAAGAAGGCUCAACAAAAGUCGAUACGAGUAACGUUCAUAGCGUUAUUCCUUGGUGAUUCUAGUAGAUUAAUAUCACUCGUAAGCAACGAACUCCCAGCUUUAGGAUUAACAAAACAAGAUUGUUUCGAAAUGAGCUGGAUUGAUUCGGUGCUUCAAUGGGCAAAUUUCGACAACACAACAAAACCAAUUGCCUUGUUGAACAGAACAGGGGAUCCAUUGAAUUUCUUGAAAAGAAAAUCGGAUUACGUGCAAGAACCAAUUCCCAGAGAUGGGUUGGAGUCAAUUUUCCAAAAGAUGAUUUCUUUGGGCAAAGCAGGAAUAGUUUUCAAUCCUUACGGAGGGAGAAUGGCUGAAAUUGCCGAGGGCGAAACACCAUUUCCACACAGAGCAGGGAUUCUAUUCAAGAUUCAGUACUCAGUGAAUUGGAACGAAGAAGGAGCAGCUGCAGAAAAAGAGUACCUUACACAGAUAGGAGAUUUAUACAGUUUUAUGACCCCAUUUGUUUCAAAGAACCCAAGACAAGCCUAUUUGAAUUACAGGGAUCUUGAUAUUGGUACAAAUGAUCAAGGACCACAUAGUUUGGAAGAAGGAAGGGUAUAUGGGACCAUGUAUUUCAAGAACAAUUUUGAUAGAUUGGUGAAAGUGAAAUCAGCAGUGGAUCCAACGAAUUUCUUCAGAAAUGAACAGAGUAUUCCUACUCAAGGGACAACGAAACCGAGGAAAAUGUUCUAGUCUAGCUUCGCCUUUAUUUCUUGGUGAAUGAUUGAUCUUGGUGAGCAUUAUUUUCUAGUUUCUCUCAAGGCUUUAGUAAGUUAUAUUUUUUUAAUGGAUCAAACAAGUCCUUAUACAAAGAGGACUCACAUAUUUUAUACAGUAAUAUUUUUUUUGGUCUUUUUAUCUUGUUGCCUUUCGCAUUUUUGUAUUAUAGAAUCUUUUUCUUCUCGCC